AUGGCCGACCACGCGCUGGAGAUCCCUGAAAUUAUUCAGACAGCCUCGAUUCAACACAAUCCUUCCGCCGAACACGACAUCAACCCUGCCACCGCAGCUUCGGAGAAAUACCCCGUGGUCGAAGCCCCAGCUUCGGAAGCCGGUAGCCUUGCCUCGGACAUUGUCGAUGAACACCGGGUAAUCCGGCCCAUCCGCCGACACCAGACACUUCCUCCCCUCCCAGAUCUGCGCUUCGAGCAGAGCUAUUUAGCUAGCUUGAAAGAUGCUGACACUUGGGGGCGAGUGGCUUGGAUUACCGUGAGAGACCAGGUCCUCCUUCCGCUGAUCCAAGGUACCGUCUGGACACUCGCGCUUUCCGGCUGGAAGUUUUGGAAUCGCAAUGCCUCGCUCAGUGGACAAACGGUUGGCAGCCGUAUUCGCAGGUGGUGGUAUGAUGUCAACAACUGGAAGCUUCCGCCCAAGUGGACGAAGAGCCCACAAGUGGCAUCGCAGGUCGAAGAAUUCUACGAGGCCCAGUUUUCCAAUGCUGGCUCGGAUUAG